AUGGUCCUGGCAGAGAUGAAUAUCGAUCUUACUUGCCCGGAAGAUUGGUUUCAAGCCCCUUCACUGUCGGAAUUCCUUGCUGCUAUCCAGUCCAACAGAUGGAGAAAGGGUCGAACCCCAUUGCUUACGGAGGUGGUGCGUGAUCUAUUCACCAAUUCUUCCCAGCCAAAGGAACGCGAUCUGCUCUGGGGUGCCAGCAAACUGAAUCUGUUUACCAUUGCUUCUGCAAUCCACGGCCUGAUAUUUCACGAGAAAAUGUCUUUUACCCAAGUUUCUUCAUCCACGGGUCCUAUUGGUACUGCGCUGGAACGCUGGGGACAAGCCUGGAAAAAGGUUAUAGCGACUUUACCGUCAUCCGUGGUUGCGAAUGAGGCCUGGAAAGACGAUGGCUUUAUGCAACAUGCGGGGGAGUUUGCUGCUCUCGCUCGGGUCCAUCUGCAACAGAACGACCCAAUUGCAUCGUUUCCCCAAGACUCAAUGGGCUCGAGCGAUGGUGGCAUGGCUACUUUCGAUCAGACGACCAUGAAAACAGUUUCAGAUCUUAUCCAGGUGGUUGAAGGUCUGAGUUUGCAUUGA